CAGCCCCCUAUCCCUACCGAAUACCUCGAUAGAUCCUCCAAGAUGGCUCAAGCUGCUGGUCUUCUCUACAAGCUUGCGGUACCUGCCGCUAUCAUGGCCUCGGCCGUCCAAGCAUCGAUCUACGACGUCAAGGGUGGCACUCGAGCUGUUAUCUUUGAUAGGCUCAGCGGAGUCAAGGAACAGGUUGUUCAGGAGGGUACACACUUCCUCGUACCGUGGUUACAAAGGAGCAUCGUCUUUGAUGUUCGCACAAAGCCAAGAAAUAUUUCGACAACCACCGGGAGCAAGGACUUGCAGAUGGUUAGCUUAACAUUGAGGGUACUUCACCGACCAGAGGUCGCGAUGCUACCCAAGAUCUAUCAAAACCUGGGCCAAGAUUACGAUGAGCGUGUCCUUCCAUCCAUAGGAAAUGAAGUCCUCAAAGCCAUCGUCGCCCAAUUCGAUGCCGCCGAACUAAUCACCCAACGUGAAGCCGUCUCGAAUCGUAUCCGAAACGACCUCAUGAAGCGUGCCCAGGAGUUCAACAUCGCCCUCGAGGACGUCUCCAUCACGCAUAUGACUUUCGGAAAGGAAUUUACCAAGGCCGUCGAAGAAAAACAGAUUGCCCAGCAAGAGGCUGAGCGUGCCCGUUUCAUCGUCGAAAAAGCAGAGCAAGAGAGACAAGCAAAUGUCAUUCGCGCGGAAGGAGAGGCCGAGGCAGCAGACACCAUCUCUAAGGCUGUUGCCAAAAGUGGUGAUGGACUCGUUCUGAUUAGAAGAAUCGAGACACAGAAAGACAUUGCGCAACUAUUAGCCAACAAUCCCAAUGUGUCAUACCUACCGAGUGGUGCGGGCAAUGGAGAGGGCAAGCAAGGUGGUGGUGGCGGCUUCCUCUUGGGUUUGAAGUGAAUCAAGACUAAUGGAUACAAAGGCUCAUGUAUUACUGAAAGAUGGGGGCGCUGACCGGCUUAGUAGCAUUUUCAUGUAAUAUAUUUGGAUCCAGACUCAAUGGUAAUCUAUACUCAAUACCUUUCGACAAGACCUGAGACAACAGUAUACGAUUGCCUCAGCAUAUAGCUAGAGCCAAUGAACAGAAGUAGGUGAGUAACAGAUGCGCUGUCCCUGAAGUAAGCCUUGUGGUACGUGAGAACAAUGACAUGAUGCAAAUUCUACGCUGGUAGCUCGUAAG